AGAAUGGAGGAGCAGAGUUGCUAUUACAAGGGAUUUAUUUGUGGCUUUUCAAUAGCAACAGGUGCAGCAGCAAGACUAGUGUCAGGAUACGACAGCUAUGGAAAUAUCUGUGGGCAGAAAAAUACAAAGUUGGAAGCAAUACCAAACAGUGGCAUGGACCACACCCAGCGGAAGUAUGUAUUCUUUUUGGAUCCAUGCAACCUGGACUUGAUAAACCGGAAGAUUAAGUCUGUAGCACUGUGUGUAGCAGCAUGUCCAAGGCAAGAACUGAAAACUCUGAGUGAUGUUCAGAAGUUUGCAGAGAUGAAUGGUUCAGCACUAUGUAGCUACAACCUAAAGCCUUCUGAAUACACUACAUCUUCAAAAUCUUCUGUUCUCUGCCCCAAACUACCAGUUCCGGCGAGUGCACCUAUUCCAUUCUUCCAUCGCUGUGCUCCUGUGAACAUUUCCUGCUAUGCCAAGUUUGCAGAGGCCCUGAUCACCUUUGUCAGUGACAAUAGUGUCUUACACAGGCUGAUUAGUGGAGUAAUGACCAGCAAAGAAAUUAUAUUGGGACUUUGCUUGUUAUCACUAGUUCUAUCCAUGAUUUUGAUGGUGAUAAUCAGGUAUAUAUCAAGAGUACUUGUGUGGAUCUUAACAAUUCUGGUCAUACUCGGUUCACUUGGAGGCACAGGUGUACUAUGGUGGCUAUAUGCAAAGCAAAGAAGGUCUCCCAAAGAAACUAUUACUCCCGAGCAGCUUCAGAUAGCUGAAGACAACCUUCGGGCCCUCCUCAUUUAUGCCAUUUCAGCUACAGUGUUCACAGUGAUCUUAUUCCUGAUAAUGUUGGUUAUGCGCAAACGUGUUGCUCUUACCAUCGCCUUGUUCCACGUAGCUGGCAAGGUCUUCAUUCACUUGCCACUGCUAGUCUUCCAACCAUUCUGGACUUUCUUUGCUCUUGUCUUGUUUUGGGCGUACUGGAUCAUGACACUUCUUUUUCUUGGCACUACCGGCAGUCCUGUUCAGAAUGAGCAAGGCUUUGUGGAGUUCAAAAUUUCCGGGCCUCUGCAGUACAUGUGGUGGUACCAUGUGGUGGGCCUGAUUUGGAUCAGUGAAUUUAUUCUGGCGUGUCAGCAGAUGACAGUGGCAGGAGCUGUGGUAACAUACUAUUUUACUAGGGAUAAAAGGAAUUUGCCAUUUACACCUAUUUUGGCAUCAGUAAAUCGCCUUAUUCGUUACCACCUUGGUACGGUGGCAAAAGGAUCUUUUAUUAUCACAUUAGUCAAAAUUCCGCGAAUGAUCCUUAUGUAUAUUCACAGUCAGCUCAAAGGAAAGGAAAAUGCUUGUGCACGAUGUGUGCUGAAAUCUUGCAUUUGUUGCCUUUGGUGUCUUGAAAAGUGCCUAAAUUAUUUAAAUCAGAAUGCAUACACAGCCACAGCUAUCAACAGCACCAACUUCUGCACCUCAGCAAAGGAUGCCUUUGUCAUUCUGGUGGAGAAUGCUUUGCGAGUGGCUACCAUCAACACAGUGGGAGAUUUUAUGUUAUUCCUAGGCAAGGUGCUGAUAGUCUGCAGCACAGGUUUAGCUGGGAUUAUGCUGCUCAACUACCGGCAGGACUACACAGUAUGGGUGCUGCCUCUGAUCAUCGUCUGCCUCUUUGCUUUCCUAGUCGCUCAUUGCUUCCUGUCUAUUUACGAAAUGGUAGUGGAUGUAUUAUUCUUGUGUUUUGCCAUUGAUACAAAAUACAAUGAUGGGAGCCCUGGCAGAGAAUUCUAUAUGGAUAAAGUGCUGAUGGAGUUUGUGGAAAACAGUAGGAAAGCAAUGAAAGAAGCUGGUAAGGGAGGCGUCGCUGAUGCCAGAGAGCUAAAGCCGAUGGCUUCGGGAGCAAGUUCUGCUUGAACCUAGCCGACGGUUAUGGAAACCCAUUGACAUUCCAAAACAAUAUAUACACAUAACUAUGUAUUUGUGUGUGUGGGUGUGUGUAUAUAUGUAUAUGUAUGUGUGUAUAUAUGUAUAUGUAUAUACACACACACACAUAAAUCAGCCAAAAUCAGAGAAAAGGAACAGGGAUUUAAUACCUUUUUUAUGCUUAUUUUUGUCAAACAUGUACUCCUUUCAUACGGGUGGCUUUUACAAGGCAACUUCCGUCAUUUAAUGUUUUCAACUGUAAUUGUCUUAAUGGAAAUGUUAAAAUUCAUAUCUGAUUAACAUUUUUAAUAACUUAGAGGAGAUUUUAACUUUAGUUAUUUAAAAAUAGGUAAAAUUAUUGUACCAAAUUAUGUCUAAAGUUUUUUCAGGGGUGAUUUCCCUGAUGUGUGUAUAAAAUCAAGAUCUUAUUUUACUGAUGCAUAAGUCCUAGUGAGUCAAGACUAGGCAUAUGCUUUCAGAUAAAUAAGGAAUUACUCCAAUCAGUUUUCCCCAAUCAAAGAAGCCAUGUCAUUUUACUUUUAGAAACAUACAAGUGGGCCCAAUAUGGGAAUUUUCAUAAUAGUUCAUACAUUUGUCAGCUAACAUUAAAAGGUAACCAACUCCUCAGGUAUUUGUAGUUUACCCUAACGCUUCUUUAAAAGAAAGUAGGUAAAAAAAAGAAAAGGGUAGAUAAUCUUUCGUAUGCAAACUUUUUCCUUAUAUUUUGUCUUUGUUUCCUUUUUGACUUUAGUAGCAUCCUCCACACAUUUGUGUGCCUGAUUUGAAAGGAAGCUGGGGCACCCAGCAAGUUUAGCCUUUAAGUUUCUGUGUAUUGAUUUGCAGAUUAAGUAAUGCUGGGAGGAAUAAAGAAGGGACAGAAACAUGGAACAUAAAGCAUUGAAAAUUGCGGUGCUUGGGCUUCUGCUUCAGAGUAACGUCAGUGGCUUAGGGUUAAAUGGCCAUUUUAUUCAAAUGCUUGCUAUACAAUCUGAAAACACACUGGCAGGUGCUCCUCUCCUUGGCAAUUCAUUGAGUAUCCAGAGUUCUACGAUGUUUAACUGAAGAAUUGGCUAAUGUGUUGAUCCUCCAGUGUGACUGUUCUUUUUGUUUGGGGGUGGGUCUGGGGUUUUUUGCUUUUUUAUUCCUGAAGCUUACCAGAUAUGAAUGGCUAAUAUUCCAUUGUUCUGCUUAUUGUAAUGGUGAAUGCUUUAAGAAAAAAAAAAGUGUAAUUUGCUAAGAAUAAUUCAUGAUCUGUUUAUGCGAUAACUCCUUUUUGUUACAAUUUUUUUAAAAAAAGCUAUUUUUGUUAAUGUAAAGUAAAUAUUUCAGAGCAAAUUUUUUAAACUUAUUGCACUAAAUACAGGCUCUGUACAAAAAACAAAAAAAGCCUCAGCAUUUUAUCAUUCCAUGGAAGGAGAAUCUUUUGAAAGAAAGCAUUGCCUCCUACCAGAACUAGACAGUGAAUGAGACCGGUAUUAUGGAAAUGCAUACAAGUAAUGUCACUAGGGCUUCAUAAGCAGCUGUUUGCUAAUGUGCUUCCUUUCAAAGGGUUGGACCUCUAAAUUGCUGCAAAAGGUAAAUGGUAUUUUUUUUUAAGUAUUGGCGUUCUUUACUCUAGGUAGGCUAAAAUUUGCUAAAUGCCUUGGUUUCUUUUCAAAGUUCAUGUAAUAUUUCUGAUUUUUCAGAAUAUUUGCAAUAAGAGUCUGGAUUUUAAAACACACACACAUACACACAAUUAAGAGCUCAUGUCUUAGCAAGAUCUGGGAAACCAACAUUGCAAGAGUAGCUAUUUGGAAAGAAUAAUUCUCCAGAAGUUAACAUCUAACAUCUAGUAUCACCAAACAGUAUCACUGUUCUCUUUUAUUCAUCUGAUAUGGAAUAAAUAUAAUUAUGUAACUAACAAUUGUCCAAAUAGAUGAGAGAGCAAAUCAUGUGAGAAAAUUCAGAAUACCAUCUGUUUCAUAGCCACACAGAUUUUGGACUUUCACAAACAUUGGGAACUAAAUUUAGAAUUGGCAAAAGUCUAGAAGAUGGGUAUCCAAACAGAAGACAUUCCAGGAGCUAGCAAUUUAAAGAGGUGUCCCUCCAAAGUGACCUGAUGGAAGUCCUGAACUUGGAAAUUAGGUUCUACUCACUUGGACAUCCCUGCAUCAUGGACUGUUGCUGCUCCCUGUUCCAUAUGCUCGCAAUCUCAGCUAUUUGGAAGCCACCAGGAAUGCUUUCUAAUUAUCAUUUGCAACUAGAACUGUAAUCAGAAAGAAAUUUUGUAUUUUUGUAUAACUUGAUUGUGUGCCAUUUUAUAUAACAGGUCCUGUUUUACAAAUAAAUUUUGUUUUACUAACAUUGUGUUUAGAAAUUA